AUGCCAAUUUUUGUAGGGGGAGCCACAUUCAAAGUGGCAAUAGUUGGGCCCUGGAAUUGUGACCCAUUAUUUUAUAAUGCCCAACCUGAACUAGCUGCAAGACUAGCAGUAAGCCGAAUCAAUAAAGACCCAUACUUGAAUCAAGGAUAUUGGUAUGACUAUAUUGUGCUAAGCGAGGACUGCCAGACAUCCCGGGCAUUAUCGACAUUUGUUAAUCUCGAGAGCUAUGCUGCUGGGUACGUGGGACCAAUUAACCCAGGAUAUUGCACUGCAGCAGGUCUCAUGGGAAAAAACUGGAACAAGCCAGUGGUCUCUUGGGCCUGUAUCAACAUGGACCUAGAAGAAGGGGGCUAUCCAACUUUCCUACGACCCCUUCCUCUUGCCUCCAAGGUUCUCUUUUCUGUUCUCAAGUACUUCCGAUGGGCACAUGCAGCUAUAGUAACAUCUGACCAGGACGUGUGGGUGGAGACGGGCCAUGAGCUUGCCAGCUCCUUACGGAGGCUUGGACUACCAGUCAGCGUUGUGGUCACCAUGGAGACUGACCAGCGAGGUGCUGAGGAUGCAUUAAAACGCAUUAAAAGGGCACACAAAGUAAGAGUGAUCAUCAUGUGCAUGCAUUCUGUCCUGUUGGGUGGUCAGGAACAGAAGAUCUUGUUGGAGAAAGCAGAGGAACUACGUAUGGCAGAUGGCACAUAUGUUUUUAUCCCUUUUGAUACCAUGUACUACAGUCUGCCCUACAAGAAAACACCCUUCCCUGUGCUGGCCAACAGCACAAAGCUUCAACAGGCCUAUGAUGCUGUGCUGACUAUCUCCAUUGAGUCCAAGAGCAAGAGUUUUUAUGAGGCCUUCCAAGAAGCCAAAGACUCCUAUGAGAUUCGCUCAGCCCUGCAACCAACACAGGUGUCUCCGUUAUUUGGCACAAUCUACAAUUCCAUCUAUUUCUUGGCCAUGGCAGUAGAACGCAGCCGGAGGAAUAACCGGUGGGUGACAGGCACAUCCGUGUCACAAAAUACCAGAAACAUUGAGUUUGAAGGUUUUAAUCAGCCGCUGUGGUCCAAUCGUCAUGGGGAGCUGCUUGCCAACUAUGUGGUGCUAGAUAGCGACGGGUCAAGCGGUUUUCUUAGGGCUACACAUACAGUGGACAUGGCUAACGGCAUGCUGAAAUAUAUGGGAAACUCCAUCCAUUUCCCUCAGGGUUCUAGCCCAGGAACAGAUUCUGGCUGUUGGUUUGACUCAAGCACUAUCUGCACUGGAGGUGUGGAUCCCUCCUUCAUUCUACUCAUAUUCAUCUUGAUAUGUGGACUAGCUCUUGGUGGAGGUGCCUUGGCUUACUUUUUAAGGCGGAGAAUCCAACAGGUGCAGAUGAUGAAGGGGCCAAAUAAACUGCUUCUCACCAUGGAAGACCUGGCUUUUAUUAAUGUACAUCUUAGCAAGAAGAAAACCAAUGAUGACAGUACUAUUGGACGAAGUGUAUCUGACGUCAAGAGCACCAGAACACCACGCCAUUCGGUGUCAGGAAGGAGCCUUGCUGCCACUCCAGAGAACUCCAACGUUGCCAUCUAUGAGGGGGACUGGGUGUGGCUAAAGAAAUUUCCAGAUGGAGGGAAACACAUGGAAAUCAAACCUGCAACAAAGACCAUCUUCUGCAAGCUCAGAGACAUGCGCCAUGAGAAUGUCAACCUGUUCCUUGGUUUUUUCCACGACUGUGGCGUGUUUGCUAUUGUCACAGAGCACUGCUCUAGAGGCAGUCUGGAAGAUCUUAUCAGAAACAGCGACAUGAAGCUGGACUGGAUGUUUAAAUCGUCUCUCCUACUUGAUCUCAUCAAGGCAAUGAAGUAUCUGCACCAUCGUGAGCUGAUUCAUGGCCGAUUGAAGUCCCGCAACUGCGUGGUGGAUGGCCGCUUUGUCCUGAAAGUUACUGAUUAUGGAUAUAAUGAAAUCCUUGAAUGCCAGAAGUUGCCUCAUUUAGAGCCAAGUCCUGAAGACCAGUUCUGGACUGCACCAGAGCUGCUGAGAGACUCAAACCUGGAACGGAAAGGUACUUUUAGAGGCGACGUUUACAGCUUUUCCAUCAUAAUGCAAGAAGUGAUCUGCAGAAACUCCCCAUACUGCAUGACUGAUAUGCCCAGUGAUGAGAUUAUUAAAAGAGUCCGGAAGCCUCCUCCGCUUUGUCGACCAUCCGUUUCAGUUGACCAAGCUCCAAUGGAGUGCAUCCAGAUCAUGAAACAAUGCUGGAGUGAACAACCAGAACGGCGGCCAACAUUUGACCAAAUUUUUGACCAGUUUAAGAAUAUUAACAAAGGGAAGAAGACAAACAUCAUAGACUCCAUGUUGAGAAUGCUGGAGCAGUACUCAAGUAACCUGGAGGAUUUGAUAAGAGAGCGAACUGAAGAGCUGGAAAUUGAGAAACAGAAGACUGACAAGCUUCUCACGCAGAUGUUGCCACCUUCUGUGGCUGAGGCUUUAAAAACAGGAGCCCCAGUUGAGCCUGAGUACUUUGAUGAGGUCACGAUAUACUUCAGUGAUAUUGUGGGUUUCACCACAAUCUCAGCUAUCAGUGAACCCAUUGAGGUGGUUGAUCUUCUCAAUGACCUCUACACUCUGUUUGAUGCCAUCAUUGGGUCGCACGAUGUAUACAAGGUAGAAACAAUAGGAGAUGCUUACAUGGUGGCAUCAGGUCUGCCCAAAAAGAAUGGUAAUCGGCAUGCAGCUGAGAUUUCAAACAUGUCCUUAGAUAUUCUCAGUUGUAUCGGCGCCUUCAAGAUGAGACACAUGCCAGAAAUCAAAGUCAAGAUCCGAAUAGGUCUGCAUUCAGGACCCUGCGUGGCAGGAGUGGUUGGACUCACGAUGCCCCGCUAUUGUCUCUUUGGGGACACUGUCAAUACAGCCUCUAGGAUGGAAUCCACAGGGUUGCCUUACAGAAUCCACGUGAAUCAAACAACAGUCAAUAUUUUACAUAGCCUGAAAAUGGGGUAUAAAUUAGAUGUGAGAGGAAAGACUGAACUAAAGGGCAAAGGAAUUGAGGAUACAUAUUGGCUUGUCGGGAGAGAAGGAUUUACAAAACCUCUUCCUACUCCACCAGAUAUAGUGCCAGGGGCAAGUAAUCAUGGAAUCAGUUUAGAGGAGAUUCCAGAUGACAGGAGAAAAAAACUAAUUGAGCGGGAGCAGAGGAUGAAAAAGUAAAAUAAAAAGAUGUUCAAAGAUGGCAAGAUGUAGCAGCAUCUCCUGCAGGACUAUCAUUUGUAAAAACUAUGAAGUGGA